AUGGCAGAAGAAGUGGGUGCCAUCGUCGCCCAGUUGGACCAGGCACGUGAGCUUGCGUUCUCAAACACAGAAAUGUUCCCGCAAGUGGUGAAACAGAUCCUCAAUUUGGUUAACCACCCAUCCAUUGAGAUUCAAAGAUGGUGUGGGCUCUUUUUGAAAAAAGCAUUCACCUCAGAGCCCAAGGAGGUGCCCAAAGGAGUCAUUAUAGACCUUGCCAUCGACGCGCUUGUGCCUGCAAAGACAUUGGCUCAGACCAAAGACCUUGAGGUGUUCAAAGCUGUGAUAGACUUAAGUAUAAUUUUAUACAAGCUAGUAUUUUCUUAUGUUGCAGACAACGAUGGCAGCCAUGCGAUCUGGGAUAGUCUCCGAAAUUUGAAGAACGACCUCAUAACAAAGUUUGAUCUGCAAUUCCCCUUUGAACCUUCUUACGAUAAGGAGCAUGAUCAAGUGAGAAACUUAGACGCUAAGCUAGAGCUUUUGAAGUUUCUCUUCACCGUGAUUGACUACCAGCUGCGGUCGCUGUCGACCAGAUUCUACUCGUUGGCUCGGGUCAAUCCACAGCAUACCCUUAUAAAACAAGGUCCCAUGGAGGCUGAAGCAUUGGCACUUCUAGAAAAAGUGCUAGCACCCAUUCAGGACGAGAUCUUAGUCACUCCUCUUGUGACAGCCGUUAUGAAUCACUUGGCCGUUGUAGUCCGCAGAAAGCGUCAAUUCCUUGAUCGCGUCAUCCCCGUGCUUGAAUCGUUUGAAUCCAACCUGAAACUCCAAUCAAAUUAUGAAUCAUUGGAGGCGUUCAAGUUGUCAAAGAAAUACUGUGACAGAACCUUGCGCUGCUUACUCAAUUACAUGAGCAAGUCCCAGAUAAUUCCUCCGGCGUAUCAAAAUGCGGUCAAUAGAAAAAUUGCUACACUUACUUCGAGAGGGGAUGAUAUAAGGAAAAAGAAUAUCUUAGAAGCAUCUCCUGACGACACGAAUAUCAAGAAACGUAAGUAUGAGGGCUUCGAAAACCCGCUGAAGAAAAUCAAGACUCUCGACUACAAGCAUCUAUACGGUUUGACCGACGUGAACAGUGACUUGAACAACUUUGACCUAUCCACACUCCCACAGCACAUUUUGGUGUCUAUGGCACUUACUGCUUUACAACGUGCCGACGUUAAGAGACUCGCUGCUGCUUUGGAGAUUGUCAGCAGUCGAUACAGUGAAGUGGUGAAGGGCAUGUCUCAAGUAAAAAGUGAAGCAGCAACCGGAGACGAUGAAGAAGACGAUGAUGAUGCAGCUGAAAACUUCACAUCUGAAACUACAUACACUGUACCGCCACCCAAGUCACUCUCAUUUCAAGAAAAGAAAGAGCAUGUCAAGAUGAUCGUGGACAAUUUCUUUGGCCUCUCCGAAAAAAAUGAUUCACAAGAGAUCGUGAAGAAACAGGACAAUGGUUCCGUCAGCAAGGAGCUUACGAAAGUUGCCGUCAAGACGUGGAACCGUGACUCGUGGCUCCUACUUCUCACUAGAUUGGCUACAAGAGGCAUGUAUACGAUAGACGGCGAUGAGUCCCUGCGAGAUGUGGCUCAGAAUGAGCAAUUGAGCGACAUCAUCAGGCAGGCGCUCUUUGACUACUUCUUGGCCAAUAUACACGAGAGAGUCGACACUACAAUUGAAUGGCUCAACGAGGAGUGGUACAGUGAAAAAGUAACAAACGAGGAGAAGCUUCGCGAUGAGAUAAGAGAAAAGUGGCAGCAAAAGUAUGAAAGUGAUCCUAAUAGCGUCGACGACAUGGAACGAAAAAUAGAGCAGGAGGUGGCUUCUACUCCGGUGGACACCCCACGCUACAACAAGUGGUGCCAGAAAGUGCUCGACGCCAUGAUCCCCUUUUUGGAGCCCACGGACCGGAAAAUCUUCUUGCGUAUGAUCAGUGACUUGCCCUAUCUCAAUGAGAAAAUGCUUAGCGGCGUCAAGUCGUUGUGUGCCGAUCCAGCCAGGUCGAAGCUAGGGUUUUUGGCGCUUCAGUUCUUGGUGAUGUACAGACCACCCAUCAAGGAGGCUUGCUUCAAUGUGCUACGCGAACUCCAGAGCAGCGACCAAGAGGAUUUGAAAGAAGAGGCGUCUAAGCUUUUAACCAAAUAUGGUCAGUAA